GGAGUAACAAAGUGCAUUUAAAAAGUACAAUGUAUGACUAGCUUUAAAUGUCAACCAAUAUCAAAGUCAGUGGGCGAAAGUAAGGCAUGAUGGGUAUAAAUACAGUUAAAUAAGCCAGCUGCGAACUUCAGCCAUUGUAAGGUGUGCUGUGGGAUUACUUCCGGGAUUUUUUAACUGCGGGUUUGGUGUAAGGUCAAGCAGAUAGGAGAAAAUGGAUAAAAGUCCACAAGAAGAUGUCCAAGAUAUCAGUCCACAAACUGAGAGAGCACUUGCUUUUCCACUCUCCCCCAAACGUCCAAGGAUAGACUAUACAGUGACAAACAACCACAGUGGGAAAACCAGGGUUUUCUUUCCAGAGCUUUUGACAUUUCUGAAAACCAUUGACUCCCAAGCAUCAAUGAGUAUGCUGCAAAAGAAUUCCAACCUAGUGUGCACAGCAGAAUGUGGGUAUACUGAAGAUGAAAAACCUCAUGAGCAACAAUAUGCUAAAUUAAUUGACACCUCUGUUACUAAGGUGACCACCUUACAUACUGAUGUGGCACCUGCAGGAUCAUCUAAAGUCUUCCCACCUCUGGUGAAAGAUGAGCAGCCUCAGUUUACUCAAAGUGACAAGCUCAGCUCAUACCCGCCAGAUGAUGCAGGUGGGGCAUUAGCAGAGCCUCACACUUCGCAAGAUAUCAGCGCUGACAUGUCCACUCAUCCUGAUUGCAAACGACAGCGGGAAUCACUUGAAGAGGAGCCCCCUGGUGGUUGCAAUCCACCUGCUGGAAAUGGCGAAGAUGAGAAACAGGUACGAAAUCGUGUUAGUCAAAUCCAAGCAUUCACCCAUAGUUCAAGUGAUGAAGAGAUCAGAUGUCAGUCUGGUUGUGCUCAUGAAGAUAUGGUACAUAACACAGCUUUCUGUAAUACAUGGAGACAGUCUGCUGAAGCUGAAGACCGCAAUCAGGAGAAGGACAAGCAUGAGAAUGUACUUUUCAACAUGGAAAAAGAAGAGGGUAACAGUCCCAUAUCUUCCAGUUAUUAUGCAGGCACAAAGUCAUUGUGCUCAAAUCCUGAAGAGGAUUUGUCUGGCAAGUUGACAGAAGGUGUCAAUACUGCUGAAAAAAUAUUACAUUUGCAGGUGUGUGAAAAUGAAAAUGUUACCGUUUGUGAUGAGGACACAAAAGGCCAAGUUAAUGAGAAUGGCCUGAGCAAAAAGUUCAUCCCUUCUGCGACCAAAUGUGCUGAGGGAUCGGUUGUUUCCUUUCAUGUGGUAUCAGCCAGAAAUACUGCAGCUGAGAAUGUGAGUUUUGAAGCUGAUGGCUUCUGUGGAGCCAAAGGAGAACAUGCUACUGGCAAGAUGUUAGCCAAAGCUCGGAGUGAAACGGCUGAUCACACAACAGAGACUCCAAUGCCGACAAGAAUCAGUCAAGAGCCUGCUGAAGGAGAUAAUGAUGUAGGCCCUUUCAGUGUAAUUGACCCUGCAAUCUGGAGUGAAACUGACAGGGAGGCUGAACAGAAACGCUGUAACUCAGAGAGCACUGCAGGUGCAGAAUUAUCUCCAUCAGUGAAAGUCUAUGACAUGGAAAUGCCUCUUCCACUCUGUUCUGAUGUCAGGCCAUCACAGGAGGUUUCAGCUCCCGGCCAGACCUGGCAAUUUAAUCACCAAAGCAGGACACAGCGGUUCAGAGAUGAAAAAGAGGACUUAUGUCAGUCAUACACAGAAUCACAGGAUUGUUCCAUCACCACAAAUGAAACACAGAGAGUCAAUGAAGGCAGCUGUCUCUGGAAAUCCAGUCCCAGCAGCAGCCCAGAGCUUCCUCCUGCUGAGGAUGGAACACAAGAAAGCCAAGACACUGUGGGAGAUCAGUUAAAGGAGCAGGAUCAGCCGGGCUGUUUUCUCGUCAGUCUUGACCACCUGAAGGUGCUGGAGGUUGAAUAUUUACAGACUAAAAUUGCCAAAAUGGACGAAGCAGCUGAGAUAAGAGGAAGAGAAGAAAUGACGAGUUUUAAUGGAGAAAAUAAUAAACACCGGGAGUCAGAAAACUCAGUGGACUUUGCAAAAAGACUUCAUCAAAAUGAAAACCACAAAGAAGACUCAGUUGAAAUAUCAAAAGGUGAAUGCCUUGAUGGCUGGACACUAGGUGAAACAAGUAAAUUUGGCAACAAAUUAACACAUAUUGAUGAGUUGGGAAAAGACCUUGAAUGCCCGUGUGAUCACCCAUACAAUCCUAUAAUUCCAAUAAUUGAGGUGACAACGGAGGGCAAUGAAAGAACUGUACAGGGUAACUCAGCGAUACCAGUGACCUCAGUUGAUGGUCAUCAUCAGCAGCAGCAUCCACAGAAGGGAGACAUGACUGAAGCGUCACCUGAUGACUGUAUCAGUGAAUGGAAAGAGGGCAGUGUGAGUAAACAUGGCAACAAAUUAACCCCGGUUAGUCAACACGAACAAGGAAACAAGCUCAACUGCAGAGCUGAUUACCAACACAAAGCUGAGACGUUCAUAGAUGAAAGUAAACAUGACGUUUUGGCUUUCACUUUACCUGCAACUAGCGAUGGGGUUGUGCCAGGCCCGCAUGAAUUAAUCCCUUCACAAACUGCUGACAACAUUCCUACAGCCCUAAUCUGUGGUGACAGAUUUUCCCCAUCUGUUUUCACCUUCUGCAACCAUGUGCUGGCGGGGUUUGACACUUUUGCAAAGAUUCAAUUCUCACUAGUUGAUGACGGUGUUGAUGCCGGCUUGAGCAACAACCCUCUCCUGACCAGCCUGCCUGGGCAGCUGUUGAAAACACCCCAGAAACAACUUCACCACUCCAUACCCGAAGCAGAGAGCAGUACGCAUGAGGAGGUACCAGAAGAGGAGGAGGAGGGUGAGGAGGAAGUGGGAAGACUCGAGCGUCGCACUGAGAACAUGGCAAAUGGAUUUUAUGGCAGUGAUUACAGUUAUAAUGAGCUCCCAUACUUUAUCUCAGCAGCAGAUGUUACUGCUCCUGGAAGGACAGAGCAACAGCCUAACAGUGAAUCAGCCUGUAAUUGCUCUGGGGGUGUCCAGGAUGUCUUAAACCAACAGUCAAAGUCUUCCAUCGCUGCCCCUAAGAGUGACUGUCCAACCUCGGAUGUGAACAACAGCCCCAAUUUUCUGAUGAAAAACCAGUUUGACAGGGUCUUGAAAGAGCUGAACUUGUAUUUUCAUAUCAGUAUGAAUGAAUUUGUGAGCCACAGCAGAGCACCGUCGACUGAGCAGUGUAGUGAUGUGACUGCAGUCUUGGAGGAUGACACUUCAGACUGCAAAGUGCAGUUCAGCAGACCAGGAUUAAGACACCACAGAGGCACUUCUUCAGACCACAGCCUGGAUACGUGUGGAGGUGAUCCAGUGGUUUCUUGUACACCUGGCAGCGGUGAUGGCGAGCAGGAGGUACCCCUCAGCAGCCGCCUGAGCCAGGAAGAGUCUGUGUACACUGCAGAGAAACACAGAGAGCCCCAAGAGAUGGAGCAGAAAAGGAAAAUGUGGUCUCCGUCCUUCAUGUGCCGACCAUUCUUGGAACAACUGAGCCACAGACCACCAGAGCAACCCAGGAGACUGGAGCCUCUGAUAACGUGCACACGGCCAAUACGGGUCGGGCUUUCAAAGAGAGCCAAGACCAAACACCUGCACCCUCCCCACCCCUACAGAUGAACAUUAGAGAUGCACUCCAGGUGAUGCACAUAAGUGUAACGAUGUUGUUGUUAUUUUCUGAUUUACAGUUUAUGGUGCACGAUUUUCUCAUGCUUUUGCUCUUUCUCUGUAAGUGCUUCUGGUUCCUGUACGUUUUAACUGCCCCUUUACCCAGGGAAAGGGAAUCCACACCCUGUGGCUUCACAUUUACACAUUAACUUGCCUCCUCUCACAGGAGGUUCAUAUAUAAGCACAGACUGCGGUGACAGUGUUUUCUGAUGAAAGAAAACCUGCUUCCUGUCAACAUUUCCUGGUGGAAAAAAUUUGCUGGUUUUAAAAAUAUUUUACUCAAUAUUUAUUUAUUUAUCUGUUUAAUUAUUUGUUUUUUUCCAGCCAUGAUUGUUGGUUUAAAAAUCUCAAAUAUAAACUUCUAAAUUAAUAUUUGUAUGAAUGACUUAUAAUAUAUUAAUAAACUGCUAUUGAUAAGUACAUAGUAAUAUAAUGACAUUUUUGUGCUUUUACUUUUUAUUCAGGUUUGUUACAUAUAACUGGCCCUAAUGUGU